GACUAAUAUGGCAACACUGUCUCGUCUAUUUGAAAAUCGAUAAACAUUCGCAGGUAUUUGAAAACAAAUGUUGAAAUUUUGUGCAAAUUUGCAUGAUUUGUAGAUUGAAAGCCGUUAAAGGUAAUUCAUACAUUUUCGUCAGUAUUUAAAAUAUGCACAUCCACAGUGCCAUGACACAACCGAACCAGGACCAGGAAAACGGCCUCGGCCAGCACUCGAACCUGUACCUGCGCCUGCAGCAGUCGGCCACCAUCCGGGCCAACAUCCAGAACAUAUCGCAGCUCCUGAACACGGGCCUCACCCCGGAGGCGCUCGACAUCUGCGUCAAACUGCUCGAGGCCGGUGUCCACCCGCAGGCGCUAGCCGAGGUCGUAACGCAGAUCCGGCGCGAAAUGGCCGUCAUCGAGGCGGACGGUCAAUGAGAGGAGAUUGGUUUGCUUUGGGUUGAAUAAAGAAUCGUUUAAUUUACUAA